GGAACCACAUACGCAGCAGUCUCCAACAUGACUGAGCAGCUCCCCCCAUAUCCUACGCUUCCCCAGCCAGAGCCCGAAUCACCGCAGUACACUCUUCCAGAGACAUUCAACAUCGGACGACGCAGCACGCAGCACCUCGUCCGCCCAGAUCAGCUCAAGGCCCAUCUUCAGCUUCUGGCAGCGUUCAGCCACCUUAAGCAGCAGGUCGUUGCCAGCGAGAGCCUUGUCGCAGGAUUAGAGUCGGACAGUGAGAAACGUUGGGUAUGGUUCGUCAAUAUGGCCGUAGAACGGUUUGAGAGGUGGUGUUGGACAAUCAAGCAAUAUGAUACGGUGGAGCAACGAUUACCUCCCAUUGAUGUCACUAUGGUGUGGCACGCCUAUCUCCUGAAUCCGAGCUGGUAUGCGGAGGACACCGCGCGGAUCUCCAAGCUCAUACCUCUCACUCAUUUCACUGAUUACUUUCCUAACCUCCUCGCUAACCCUGAUCUACUAACCACUGACGCACCACGACAUGAACGCGUCUCUGCUUGGGAGCGCCUUACCAAAUCACCGUAUGACCCAUUUGCAUCUGCUGCGGAUCUCACGCACAAAUCUAUCAAGUGCCCCUACUGCGAUCGCACUAUCCUUUCGCCGUUCUUGCAGUCCAACGGGAUGGGAUACGCCCAGAGCAACUUUAGCGUCAAGUGUGAAUGUGCUGGACUAAUUACCAAAGAACUUCUCGGCCUAUACAAGUUUGCGAAGAACAUAGUUGAAGGAACAGCGCCUGAUAAAUAUUUGGCUGGAACUCUGCAUACGCCACUUAGCACCUACGACACUAGGCGCGGAGACACGAUCAAGAAGCGCGUCCUCAGCUCGCAUCUCAUUUUUAAGAAGAAGAAUGCAAGUAAUCCCGUGCGCCAGAUCUUGAUAAACGUCCGGUAUGACGCUACGCGCAUGCGUACCGUGCUGAACAAGCACUUGAAGCCAAGAUUGUUGAAUAAGAUCAUGGGUGCCUACACCGACGACAGGGUAUUUUCACUCGAUUUAGUCGGUGCUGUCCUCCGGCAAGCAUCGUUUGUGGAGAAGAUGGAUAACCUUGGGUGGACCGAGCCAGGAUAUUUUGUGAACGAGGUAGAUACGGUGGUGCUACAACAUUGCACGGCUCGGUAUCACGCCUUUUUGAACAUCAUGGCUGAGUCUCCUGCCUCGUUCUUCGUGCCCACGCUCGAUAUCGAUCUUGCGUGGCAUACUCAUCAACUUAUGGCGAGACGAUAUGUUAAUCACGAUGAUAAAGUGGAAGAAGGUCAACUCGCGACCUCCUUCGACAUUACCUGUCGUGCUUGGAAUGUAAGCUAUUUCCUUUGGAAUACGACAUCCCCAUUAAACUCUCUAAAUCGUAGGACCGUUAUCGCGUACCCUACAUGCACUGCGGGUGUCCACUGCCAGGAGACACAUCGGUCAAAAACUCCGACGCCUCCUCUCUCUCAAACCACUAGUAAUGUGCUUUUACUCCCUCCCAAAUCUGACGCACGUGCUGCUACGCACCCAAGCGAUCACAACGCCGUGUUUGCCCUGCACAACAUGUCCGCAGCCUGCGUCAGCGGGAGAACCGCGCGCGCAAGGCAGAGAUGCGGAGGCUGCAGGCAGAGCGGAACGGGAGGGUUGAAGAGGGAUGGGGAUGUUGAUCAUGGGAUUGCAUUUUUAUAUCCUGUGCCGAUGUUUUAUUACUACCCUGGUGGGUGCGUUGCUGCUGCUGGAGCGGUGGUGAAUGGAGGUUUGGGGUGUGCAGCGGUGAGUGUCGUUGUGUUUGGAUAAUGAGGGAAGCUGAUAUUAGGCUUACAGGGGGCGGGCGGCUGCUCGGUUGGUGCUGGUGGUGGUGGGACGGGAUGUGGUGGUGGUGG